UGUCCAGAGGCAUCCCAGUGUUGGAGGCGGUAACCUCAUCAGCCCGCCAAGAUGGCGAUGCAAGCGGCCAAGAGGGCGAACAUUCGACUUCCACCUGAAGUAAAUCGCAUUUUAUAUAUAAGAAAUUUGCCAUACAAAAUCACAGCUGAAGAAAUGUAUGAUAUAUUUGGGAAAUACGGACCUAUUCGUCAGAUCAGAGUGGGGAACACACCUGAAACCAGAGGGACAGCUUACGUGGUAUAUGAAGACAUCUUUGAUGCCAAGAAUGCGUGUGAUCACCUGUCAGGAUUCAAUGUUUGUAACAGAUACCUUGUGGUUUUGUACUAUAAUGCCAACAGGGCAUUUCAGAAGAUGGACACAAAGAAGAAGGAGGAACAGCUGAAGCUUCUCAAGGAGAAGUAUGGCAUCAACACAGACCCACCAAAAUAAACAUUUUCCACACUUUCAUUUUGGACUAAAACCCAAGAAUGACCACCCUCACCACUUCCCUUUUUUUCCCUUUUUAAUUAAUAGGGAAUAUUGUGAUUUCUUAUUUGAGAUUUAAAAUGUCCCAUUUGAAACUUUGAUAGAUACUAGAACAUAAUAUGUUAAUAAACUGGUAGCUUUUUUAUAAAACA